CGUCAGGAGCCGAGAGUCACGGUCCCCCAUCUCUCUUGCCCUUUUUCCUUUGCCCAGUUUGCCUCGUGUGCUGCUGUGUUACACAAUCAAAAAACAUCACGUCGACCGACCGCAUCGCUUCCGCUCAUCCGCAUCAGCAGUCAGACAAUCAUCCCGAUCGCUGCUGCUGUCAGGAUCCUGUGAGGCAUCAAUUCUCCUUAAUCAAAUGCCAGCCUAGCUAGGCGCAGAGGAGAAGAUGAUCCGCCCGGACGUUUGAAAAUCGUUGGCUCCAUUUUUGUUGUCCAGCAGUAGCCGGGCACCGUUUCGGUUAUAUCUUUAUUCGAUUCAUCCCAGCAAUAUCACCAAACUGGAGAUCACCAGGUAACAGGAUUAAACUUUUCACUCCAAACUUGGUAAUUAUUGGAUACGAAAAACACAAAAACAAAGUUCAACAUGAAGAAUCCGCUGCUAUUUUCGCUGUACGAUCCUCCUCCGCCGCCUCCGGUGAUGGACGGCACGGGAGCCCACCGCAACGGAUUGUACCCCGAACGGCUCCACCCACCGCCCUAUCCGGGAUCGUCCGUCAUCCCCAUCUUCCCCGUGCUGAGCAAGAACCACAACAACUACGCCAGCAUGAUCGUCGAGGCGUCGGGAGGACCACCACCGCCGCUGGAGUACGACCCGGACGCCUUCCCGUCGCCCGCCUACCCGUCGAUCAACGACAGCGAAAUGACCACGCCCAGCGGCCUCAACGUCCGCGCCGAAGAGAUCGGUCUGGUCCUGUUGGUCCUGCUCCUCUGGGUCGGAGCCGUGGCGCUCUUCUUCAACCGCUGGGGCAAAAUCAGGAUGCUGGAGCCCUACCAGCCCAAGUUCAUCGACGCUCCUAGGGGAUCGCUGGCCCCCAUUGCGGCCGCCGGGACCACGGGCCCACCUUUGCUCGUCUCCACGGCGCCCCAUCGGCUCUCCUAUCCAUUGAUCGAGCUGGCCCACACGCCGCGGUUGCAUCAUCACUCACGUCUCAACAUCUCGUCGGCCUGCUGCGUUGAUUGCCCCACGGCCGACCACCAGCAGAUGGCCAGCAAUUUCUCUUCCGGGAGGCGGAGGCCGUCGGCUUCACCUUCCGGCAUCUUCGUUCACCAGCACCAUCCGUCGCAUCCGCUACGCCACCACCACCACCACGGAUCGACGUCGUCCUGCCUCUCGCCGGGACUGCCGUUCUACGGCGACGGAAUCGGCUCCGUCGGCGACCCCUACUACCAGCACCAGCAGCACCACCACCAGCAGCGGCCCAGGCAGAAUUCGGUCGUCGUCUUCGCCACGGCCCAUUUUAUGACGGCCGCCCGUCGGGUCAAAAGCGCCAUGGACUUGCAGACGCUGGUCUUGAGAGAAGAGACGGAGGAGAGCGUUCACGCUCUCAGCUGCACCGGCGGAACGGCCGAAAUAACACCGAUGGCCGGCUCAUCCGCCGACAACCAUCACGGCGUCGGUGGCACCAUCACUUGCGUUUGAAAACGCAUCAUCAACUUAGUAAUAGAAUGACAUUGAUUUCAUUACUAAUGCCCCCUUCCAUUUUGUUGUUGCUUAAGCGCGCUACAUUUCUAAAAUGAUCAAAUUAUAUACAAAUCAAUUUUUUGGGACUUGAAUCACUUUUCUACUAUUGCUUUAUUAUUAUUACGGCGUAAUUUGCGUGAGCGGACGGGAGUCGAUUGGCGAGAAAAAACCAAAAACAAUUCCGUUCGAUCUUCCCCCAGUCGCGUUUAUUUUAUUAUUGGUAAAGAUCUAAACGUUAACAUCAAGUAUUAUACCGGAUUCGAUUUUUACGAUUCCCGUUGGAGACGUUUAUUAUAUUUACACACACACACACACACACCAAAGAUUCCCGUUAGCAAUUGUUGCACAUUUUAAAAAAAAAUUGUUCUCUGCAGAUUGGAAGUGAAGUUUGAUGCAUACGUUUAUAUUUGAUUUGUGUACUACGUCCUUUUUUUUCAUUUGCAUUCGAUUUUUUUGAAUUUAUAUCACGCGUGGCUGCCAAGCUCGGUAUUAUACAUAUAUACACACAGAAACAGCCUCUACAUUAUACCAUUAUUACCUCCACUAUUCAAUCUGUGUCAUUUUGGGCUGUGUGUUUUUUUUUUAAAUAUCACGUCGUCGUGUUAUGCAUCCUGUACUACAUACAUAUACUACAUACUCACUGCUGAAUCGUAAAAUUUAUAUUUAUACAUAGGAUAAUGUAUUUUGAGUCUAUAUAUUUAUUGUCGGUUGUGCUGUAUAAUGUCUGCUGGAUAUAUUGGAAAACACGAUCGUUAUAUCGAGAUAUUGUUAUUAUGAUUUAUGAUGAGGAAGACGAUUUAGCCGCGCAGGCUUGCCAGCGACUCUAUUGUAGUCAGCUCAUGUUUUGUUAGCGGGUCGAUGCAGAAAUUCGAUUGGAAAUUAUUAUAAGAACCGCAACUCACCCGCCCUCGUUUUAAAAAGAAGAAAAACCAAAAAAACAUUUGAAAUCAAGUGAGUUUAUUCGGGAACUUGAUGAUUUGCUAUCAAUAAUCUGAUGUGUAUUAAAUAUUUAUUCUUUCUAUUAUACCAAAAACUCAUUUCUUGAAUGCCAACCAAAAAUAACCCGUCGAUGUUAUGUGAACUAUUCCCAUCGUGUCGUAAUUUAUUAUAUAAUACCGGCCGACACAAAUAAACUGAACGUUUUACCUGCUGA